GAUUCUAUAGAUAGAACGGCAGCAACUUCCUAUAUAUUCUCCGCAUCGAAUCGGGGCUGCGAAAUCGAGGACGAAUUAUUAGUGGAAUUGAUCGAGGCGAUUUGGUUGAUCACGCGAUCGAUAUGGUGGUGAAGACGAUGAUGAGAUUAUCCUCGCCGUCGCCGGAGAAUUUGCGUAUGCGGAAGAAGUUCAAGGUCUCCGUGAGGGUGGAUGCCGUCGAUGGCCUUCCCUCAGCUCCGCCGGGGGCAGGCGCGGCGGCGGCUGUCGAGAUCGAGUGGCGCCGGCGGCCGUCGCCCAAGGUUGUCGGUGCGCUGUCCUUCCUCGCGGGAAGAAAGAAGACGGAGCGAGGGGUCACGUCGAAGAGGAUCGCGGACGAGGGCUUGAACGUCGCCGCCGCUCGUUGGGGCGACGGCGACCAGGAGAACCGGUUCGAGAAGGUGUUCCGAUUUCGCGACUCCGAUCUGGUCGCCGCCGGUCCGCUCGACGGACUCGAUUCUUGCAGAGCGUGGGACGUCUCCUUUACUGUCCUAUACGGAAAUAUUGAUAAUGGAGUGGAGGUGAAGGAACUUGAAAGAAUCGGGACAGCAACGGUAAACCUAGUUGAAUGGGCUAGGGAAUGCCUGUCCCAGAAAACAGGAGGAAGGGCAGAAGAGAAGGAACUCAUGAAGCAAUUACCCAUCUCCUUAGUGACGGACAGCUUGUCAAGUUAUGGAAUGCUCUAUGUUACUGUCAGUUUCACGGAGGUGAGUACUGGCAACGUAAAACCGAGUUCAUCAGCCAAUGCAGAAAACACAAAAAUAGAGCAAAUGGACCGACAAAUUGAGAGAUCCAAUUCAGGAAGCUCUGACAGAGGAAAUACAGAAGAUGAUGGCAUAUUGGCAGAUAAUACUAAUCGAAGUCACACUGCUAGCAGCAGUGGAAUAUCAAGCCCAGAGCCAGAAUCGACUUCAAAGAGAUGGUUCAGCUGGCGUAAGAAGAGCAAAAGUAGUUUUUCAUAUGGGGAUCUUGAGGGAGAAAGCAAAAGGACUUCCUUGUCUCAGGAACUCUUUUUUUCUGAUAACAUCAAUAAAGGAUCAUCGGGGGGAUCUAGUCAAGAUGAUAUUGAUCCCGUUGGUAGAUGGACAAGUGAAGAAUUUGUGAGUAGGGACAAACAAGCAAAACUCAAAGUUCAAACAUUCUUUGCUUCCAUCGAUCAGCGAGAUCCAACUGCUGGAGGAGAGAGUGCAUGCACAGCAAUCGUCGCAGUGAUUGCUGAUGCCCUCCACAGAAACGAUCUGAAUACUCCGACUAGAUCAGAAUUUGAUGCAUUUAUCAGACAAGGCUCAUUGGAGUGGCAAAAGUUGUGCAAUAACAAGUCAUACAUCGAGCGGUUUCCAGACAAGCACUUUGAUCUCGAGACGAUAUUGGAAGCGAAAACCAGGCCAAUAUCCAUUUUACAUGACAAAUCUUUUUCAUUGGGUUCUUUCAACCGGAGAACUUCAAAUCAUUGCAUGGCUUAAUGUCAUUCGAUGACGUUUGGGCUGAGAUAGUAAGCGACAAUGCAAGACACAGUAAGGUCUACAUUAUUAGUUGGAAUGAUCACUUCUUCAUUCUCAAGUUGGAAUCAGACGCAUACUAUAUUAUGGAUACUCUGGGAGAGCGACUAUACGAAGGAUGCCAGAAAGCUUAUGUCUUAAGAUUCGACGAUACCACAGAGAUGUAUCAUUGCUGUGAAGAAAACAAGGGAGCUGAAGACAAUGAAGAGCUAAUUUGUAGAGGGAAAGACUGUUGCAGAGAGUACAUAAAUAGAUUCUUAGCUGCUAUACCAUUGCAGGAGGAGUUGGAACUGGAAAAGAAAGGGAUCGAGACCAACACAGCCCUCCACCAGAGGUUGCAGAUCGAGUUCCAUUUGACUCAAGCUUCAACUGAUGGAAGAAGUGACGGUCACUUGAAUUGGAAUGACUGUUGGACUAGCGCAGUAAUGAAUCCAUGGACCACACAAGGAGAAACAAUAUUACUAGGGAUAUAGAUUGGGUUGACAAAGUUAUAGAUUGGAACUGACAGACAAUGCGAAAACACCAAAUAUAAACUGUUUGGACACGAUUGUAGAAGAGAAGUUAGCCACCACAUCGAAGUAGUGGCUGCGUAUGUAAAUAAAUCUCUUCUUCCGAGAAGGUUGUGCCAAUCUUCAAGGCAGACUCUCUGUGGUGGUUGGCAACGGUAAGUUAAUUCGAGAUACCAGUGAAACUAAAAGUGUGCAGUUCUAGGCGGUUAAUAUAUUUUUUUCUUCCAAUUUGAUGAAUGCGUCUAUUCACAUCUAGAUGAUGCAAAUGGUUGGAUUGGAAUUGAGUUUUGUUCAAUUAUUCAAUGGAGUUGAAUCAAUGUUGUCAAAGUUGUUGCGUACUAAGAAGUAAUUAUUUUCAAUUUC